UCGGCGAGGUGCGUCGACGUAAGUCGUCGUGUUGUAAUCGUAGCUUAAGAAAAAUAGAAAAGAAAAUUUGAAAGAGACAGACGUGAAGAGAAAACGCGACCGUGAUUCGCUGAGUGCGUGUCUUUCGAGUAAACUCCGGGUUAGACAUCGAGUUUCGGCGAAUCUCGCGAAGUUUCUGUCGCAGUGAUUACCGCAAGUUUACAUCCAUGUAUCCUUGGUACCGAGACAGUGUAGCGGCCGCAGCGGCUGCUGGCCUUGGUGGACCAGUUGGUGUUGUGGGCUCCGGAUUCUGCGGCACCGGACCUGGCCAGGGUGGGACCACGAUCAAGACUGAAAGUGGAUACUCCGACUGCAUGCUCGCCCUCGACUACGUCCAGAGUAAGCAAUGCGCCCCGCACGACAAGGAAAGCGACUACUGGGGUGGCGGCCGGGGCGCGAAACAAGGUUACGAGCACUUUCUGUUGCAGGCGAAAAUGAACGCGGACCAUGGUCAACUGCAGAAGGGUGACGAGCAAUACCGUGGCGCGGGCGGAUCCAGCAGCGGCAGUCCACCCACGAGCCUGCUCGUGGUUCCUCAGCCCCUCACCGUCAAACCAUCCCAUCCGUCUCAUCUGAACUCACAUCUCGCCGGACCGCAUUCGCAUCCGCCGCGAAAGUACCAGUGCAAGAUGUGUCCGCAGAUAUUCGGUAGCAAGGCAGAUCUGCAGCUCCACACACAGAUCCACAUGCGCGAGGCCAAGCCGUACAAGUGCACGCAGUGCUCCAAGGCGUUUGCCAAUUCGUCGUACCUGUCCCAGCACACCAGGAUCCACCUGGGCAUUAAGCCGUACCGCUGCGAUAUCUGUCAGCGGAAGUUCACCCAGCUGAGCCAUCUACAGCAGCACAUCCGCACGCACACCGGCGACAAGCCGUACAAGUGCCGGCAUCCGGGCUGCACGAAAGCGUUCAGCCAAUUGAGCAACCUGCAGAGCCACUCGCGAUGCCACCAAACCGACAAGCCGUACAAGUGUAACUCUUGCUACAAGUGCUUCUCGGACGAACCGAGUUUGCUUGAGCACAUACCGAAGCACAAGGAGUCGAAGCACCUGAAGACGCACAUCUGCCAGUACUGCGGCAAGAGUUACACCCAGGAGACCUACCUGGCGAAGCAUAUGCAAAAACACGCGGAGAGAACGGACAAGAGACCGCCAAUCAUCGGCUCGGGUCUCAGGCCUGCUUUACACGCGAUGUCACACCAUCAAGAGCACUAUUGGCCGAAGGUCAGUCCGGACUCGGUGAUCAGCGAUCUACACGAGAGGCUGCCGCAUCAUCACACGGAGUAUCAUCAGAAUCAGAAUCCGGAGAUGCUGCUGCCGGGACACGGGCAUCGCGCUGGCGAAUCAAUCGAGAACGAUUCGAGGCAACAGACGCCCCAGCCCGGCGUGAAUCACCAUCCCAACAGCAGUUCGGCCUUCACGCCGAUUUCGUCGAUCUCGAUCAACUCGAUCUCGUCGAUGCAGCAUCCGCUUAAUCCACUGAAUCAUCUGCAUUACCCCGGCAGCCAUCAUCCGGCGUCCCGACCGUACCUGUACGAGGCGUUCAACACGACGCAGAAGUCGUCGCCGACGUCCUCGGCUUCCGCCGUCACCCCCGGCACCACCACCAACCAGAACGCCACGUCCUUCCCGAAUCAGCUGAUCAGUCUACACCAGAUUAGGAACUAUGCUCAUCAGCCGAAUCUCGGUAAUCUGGGUAACCUGGGGAAUCUCGGGAACCUGAGCAAUCUCAGCAAUCUCAGUGCCACGAUGGAGAGCCACGCGUUGUUGGGUGGUCUCAAUAAGGAGAAGCAGUAACUCCCCCUCCGAAACUGGGAGGAUUGACUACGCUAGAGAAUGCCACUCGCGCGCUCUCCGCUCUUCUUCGGUCUCCUUCUGUUUCUUCUGUGUUUUCCGUGAACACAGCACACGGCGCGUCAUGACACUCGCUUCAUCCGGCUCGAUCGUCGUCGUCUCUCUUCCUCCCGUGAUCUCUUUAGUGGUCUCUCAUUUUAUUAUAUUAAUAAAUUUAUCAUUAAGGGUGAAUUAUUUGUUUAUCUCUUUUUUUUUGUAAGGGAUUUACGUCCGCUGCCACGUGAGUCCUUCGGCUCCUCGAAAUCGUUCGUUUUAAUUCCGACGUUUGCCUUUUCUUUUGCGUCAGCAUUUAUACAAUGCCAGAUAUGUAUGGGAGAACGACAGGGUCUCGUUCUCUCAUAGAUUCGCGCAUAUAAAAUGAGAUGAAAAACUUACGUUGCCAGGAAACGAAACACGAGAAACGUGGUUGAUUCAAGCGCAUUCGAAGACCGACACACUUUUUUUUGUUAUUUCGAGAGCUCGCAUGAUAGACCGAUGUAUUAGACUCUUCUCUGCUCCUUUCCUCUCCCACCCCAUCAUUUUUUCACCUUGCUCUUCUUUUUUUGUUGUGUGUCUUCUUUCUUUUUUUUUUUUUUUAACUGUUUACAAUCCGUUAGCCGUUUAAGACUGACGUUUGAAUGAUAAAGUGGAGCACGAUUGUGGAUUAAACUUGUGUUCGAACGCGAGAUGGACGAUAUACUUUCAUGAUGCUAGAAAGUGUAUCCCUAAGACGACGAAACUGACGUGAGCUGAUUUCUUUCUCAUUUUAUCGAAAACAACUUUUUGCGUUCAGCGAUCAAAAUAAUUUUUCGUUAAUAAAAAUGAAAAAUCAUUUUUUUUUAUGUGUUAUAUACACACACACAUAUAUAU